GGAGCCCGAGUAGGAGGAAGCAAGUGGAGGGGAGCAGAAGGAGACAACAAACGUCUAAGAGUCUCCCGAGUCUGGGACGUGGCGCUGUGUGGCCGGUGCCUCCCCCGCCCGCCUCCCACCGCUGGCCGUGGCGCCCUAGCAACAGUCCCGAGGCCUGCGCCCCUCGCCGUACCAAGGCUCCCGAGCGUACUCCUCCAUGGCGCCGGCGUCCGGCCGCGCAGUCUGGCUAAACCCCGGCCGGGCCACACCCCCACCGGUAACACACACAGGCGCCCGAGCUUUCUGCCUACUUCAGGGCAACGAUUGGGUCGUUUCGCCAGAAGUCAGACGAAGGCGCACUCUCAUUGGCCAGCUCGGUUUGUGUCAUCUGUUCGCCGCAGUCUCAGCGUAGCCCAGUUUCCUCCAGGCUCGGAGAGAGAGGACCUCGUUCUGGGCAUUGGGAGAAGAGAAUCGUGUAGUCCUGGCAAUCAUAGAAGCGACGAGAGAGAGAGAGACGGCCAGUCUAUCAGCUUUCCACUACCCGCGUGACGGUAUUGGUCUGUCUGCUAUCCGCUAUGCCGCUGCCCGUUGCGCUGCAGACCCGCUUGGCCAAGAGAGGCAUUCUCAAACAUCUGGAGCCCGAACCGGAGGAAGAGAUCAUUGCCGAGGACUAUGACGAUGACCCUGUGGACUAUGAGGCUACCCGGUUGGAGGGCCUGCCGCCAAGCUGGUACAAGGUGUUUGACCCUUCCUGCGGGCUCCCUUACUACUGGAAUGCGGACACAGACCUCGUGUCCUGGCUGUCCCCACAUGAUCCCAACUCCGUUGUUUCCAAAUCUGCCAAGAAGCUCAGGAGCAGUAAUGCAGAUACUGAGGAGAAGUUGGACCGGAGCCAUGAGAAAUCGGACCGGGGCCACGAGAAAUCGGACCGAGGUCACGAGAAGUCAGAACGCAGCCAUGAGAAGUCAGAACGCAGCCAUGAGAAGUCUGACAGAGACCGGGAGCGUGGUUAUGACAAGGUGGACAGAGAGCGAGAGCGGGACAGGGAUCGGGACCGGGACCGCGGGUAUGACAAGGUGGACCGGGAAGAGGGCAAAGAACGGCGCCACCAUCGCCGGGAGGAGCUGGCUCCCUACCCCAAGAGCAAGAAGGUGGCAAGUCGGAAGGAUGAAGAAUUAGACCCCAUGGACCCCAGCUCGUACUCAGAUGCACCCCGAGGCACGUGGUCAACAGGACUCCCCAAGCGGAAUGAGGCCAAGACGGGUGCAGACACGACAGCAGCCGGGCCCCUCUUCCAGCAGCGCCCUUACCCAUCCCCGGGGGCUGUGCUCCGGGCCAAUGCCGAGGCCUCCCGAACCAAGCAGCAGGACUGAACCUUCCCCACCCCCACCCACUCUGGGGCUUUUAAUAAAAGCUUUUCGGUGGAUCAUG